AUGUCUAAUAAUAAAGACUCCAUUGACAAUACGUUUAUUUCAUUAAAUGAGGAUAACUCUAAUGUAACCUUCUUUAAAAAGAAAACCAAAAUAAAUAAAAAUGUUCGUAAACGUAAGCAAUCACCAAGUGCCGAAGAGGAGGAAGGUUCAGUAGUGAUAACCAAAGAACGUAAAUUGGACACUUCAAGUCCUUUUGUACAAAAUACAAAAAAAGAAAAUCGUACAGUCACGGAAGACAUUGGAGGCACUUUUAUUGCAAGUAAAUCAGCAGUAUCUUCAAUACCUCACGAUGUAGCUACGCGAACAGCGGAAUGGGAAACAGAAACAGACAGAGAUGCACAAGCAUUGUUAGAGAAAAAAUUAGCAGCAGAAGAAGUGGAUGAUAAUUUUUAUAAAGGACAAAAUUCAUAUAAAACCUAUAUAAAAAAAAGAGAUACAGCAGCAGGAAAUGCUGCAAGCUCCAAAAUAAAAGCUGGUCCAAUUCGAGCACCAACCAAUAUACGCGUUACUUCGCGAUUCGAUUAUCAACCAGAUAUAUGUAAAGAUUAUAAAGAAACUGGAUAUUGUGGUUACGGUGAUUCAUGUAAAUUCUUGCAUGAUCGAGGUGAUUAUAAAACAGGAUGGCAAUUAGAAAAGGAAUGGGAUGAUAUGCAAGGAAAUUUGCGAAAGGAUCCAAAUGCAUUUCUAGUGGAAGAUAGUGAUGAAGAAAGUGAAGAGGAAUUACCUUUUGCAUGUAUUAUUUGUCGACAAGAAUUCAAAAAUCCAGUGAUUACAAAGUAA